AAGAGGCGUAACAUCUUUAGAGUCCUACCAAGGCGUCUCAGUUCGAUAAUGGCGGAAGACCUGAAGAAGAAGCUGUUGAGAACGUCGCAAGAGGAAGAACAUGAAGAAGAGGAACUACCAUUGCUGAAAAGGAUGUGGAAUGAGAGCAAAGUUAUGUGGGUUGUCGCUGCCCCAGCCAUAUUCACUAGAUUCUCUACCUUUGGUAUCAAUGUUAUAAGCCAAGCCUUUGUUGGUCAUAUUGGCUCAACCGAACUCGCUGCUUUUGCUCUUGUAUUCACUGUCCUUAUACGCUUCGCCAAUGGUAUUCUGUUAGGAAUGGCUAGUGCGUUGUCAACACUAUGUGGACAAGCAUAUGGUGCAAAAGAAUAUGGCAUGAUGGGAGUGUAUCUUCAAAGAUCGUGGAUAGUUUUGUUCCUAACUGCAGUUAUUCUUCUUCCUGUGUUCAUCUUCACAAGCCCAAUUUUGACACUCUUAGGCCAAGAUGAAAGCAUAGCAAAAGUUGCAGGGACCAUUUCUCUUUGGUCAAUUCCGGUUAUGUUUGCUUUCAUCGUCUCAUUCACUUGCCAAACAUUUCUUCAAUCUCAAAGCAAGAAUGUCAUUAUCGCCUUCUUGGCCGCAUUCUCAAUAAUUAUUCAUGUGUUCCUCUCUUGGCUCUUGACCAUAAAAUUCAAUCUUGGCAUUGCUGGUGCAAUGACUUCAACAAGUUUAGCAUACUGGAUUCCCAACAUUGGUCAACUUAUAUUUGUUACUUGUGGUUGGUGCUCUGAUACUUGGAAAGGUUUCUCAUUUUUAGCAUUCAAAGAGCUUUGGCCUGUUGUCAAGAUGUCCCUUUCAGCUGGUGCCAUGUUAUGUCUUGAGCUCUGGUACAACACAAUAUUGGUUCUUUUGACAGGUAACAUGGAAAAUGCGGAGGUUGAAAUUGAUGCUCUAUCUAUAUGUCUCAACAUCAAUGGAUGGGAAAUGAUGAUAUCACUUGGUUUCAUGGCAGCUGCAAGUGUUAGAGUGGCAAAUGAGCUUGGAAAAGGAAGCGCCAAAGCUGCAAAGUUCUCUAUUGUUGUGACAGUGCUCACAUCAUUCACCAUAGGGUUCUUUCUAUUUUUAUUUUUCCUAUUUUUUAGGGAAAGACUUGCUUACAUAUUUACCUCAAAUAAAGAUGUGGCCGCUGCUGUUGGAGACUUGUCUCCUUUGCUAUCAGUCUCUAUAUUACUCAACAGUGUUCAACCUGUACUCUCAGGAGUAGCUAUUGGAGCAGGGUGGCAAAGCAUUGUAGCAUAUGUGAAUAUUGGGUGCUAUUACGUCAUAGGUAUUCCUGUUGGGGUUGUGCUUGGUAAUGUUUUCCAUUUGGAAGUCAAGGGAAUCUGGAUUGGAAUGUUGUUUGGAACAUUGAUUCAAACUAUAGUGUUAACAGUAAUCACCUACAAAACUAACUGGGAUGAACAGGUUACCAUAGCUCAAAGUCGUGUUAGCAGGUGGUCCAAGCUGGACAGUACUGAUCAAGAAAGAGAAACAAAACAUGUCAAAUAAUUUCAAUGUCAUAAGUUGGGUCCUUUGUAUUGUGAUAUACAGCUAAAACAAUGGUAGAUAGCAAUUCGGACUUGUGGUUAUUUCUCAAUCACGGGUCUUAAAAUCAAAAUUGGUGGAUUUUCUAUCACUUUCAAUGAUUUUUUGUAAUGGGUUGAAUAGUUUCGCUCGUACCGAUAAUUUUUUUUAGUGGAUCGUUUGUUUAUUUUAGCUAAAAAAAUUACGUACGGAUCUCAAAAUAUAUGAAAAGAAAGUUUUUGUUUG